AAUUGUAAUCCGAAAUUUAUGCGUUCAUCUCUGUAUAUUGCUCCAGCCACAUCAGAUAUUUUGAAACAUUCUCAGAUACCGUUUGUUGUUGCCAUAUCUCCCUUUGCACCGCUUCAUCCAAAUGAGUAUCGUCUUCCUGUUAUCGACUGCGGUGAAAUUGGGCCGAUUCGAUGUCAUCGUUGUAAAGCAUAUAUGUGUCCAUUUAUGGAAUUUCAAGAUGGUGGCAGAAGAUUUCGCUGUUCAUUCUGUUUAACAUCCACAGAAGGUAGAUUGAAUAUAUUGAUUGUAUUUUUGAUAUGCGAUAAGUAUACAGUGAUAAGUAUAAGUAAACAAGCAAGGCAUAAACAGUCCUAA